GGCAGACUGCGGUAAUAUGGAAUGGGGUGUAUAUAUAUAAUGUAUAUAGGUAUAGUUCGUCCAUUGUAUUAUUGUACGCGAAUGCGAUACGAAAUCGAAGGAACCAACCGGGAAAAACCCCAAGGGUUUUUACGUGAAAUGUUUGCGGCGAAAUCGUGCAUUUUCAAGAAUAUUUUGGUUUCCAAUGUCAUAUUUACUCGUUUGAACAUGACCCUGGCAUUGAAAAAGUGAUUCAGUUUGUAUUUGAAAGAUAUGGAUCUGAUAUAACCUCAUAUAGAGUUUUGUUUUGGUUGCGUAUAGACAAAAUCUAGAUAUAUAUUUUAGAAACGUUGUUGAUCAACGUGAGAACAAUGGAAAAAAGAGUUAGUCGCCAUUACCAUCUAACAGUCGUCUUGUUAAUAUGUUUCGCAAGUAUCUACAGAGUAUCGAGCAACCCAGUGGAGACGAGCAAAACUGCUAGUCUGUUGCAGAAGAUAGCUGUUUGCGAUACUGUUAACUUUGUGAAAAACUCGUCUUACGUGAGCAAAUGCGAUAAAUUUGACUACACAACUACCAUAAAUCCUAAUGACAAAGAUGCUGCUAUGUGCAUGGUGGUAUAUGAUAUAACGACUAAAAUUUGUGCAUAUAACAGCCGGACUUCCAUAGAUAGUAAACUGAAGGUGCCAGAUUCCUCUCAGCAAUUUGAUUCUGAGGUGAAAAAAUUAGAACCAAAACCAGAAGAAUCGCGCCUUUUCAUAGCUAACCAUUGCAAGAAUAUAACUACAAUAUUGAAAAAGUUAAACAAUAUAGGUAUUGAAAGUAGUACUGACGUGGUUCCAUUUAUAAAGUAUGUCAAUAGCAACCUGUUAACAGAACCUGAAUGUCCCUUUACGUGCCAUGAAGUUCAAGGAGUCAAUUCAUUUUGUAUGUUCUUUUUGUGGGCAAAUGAAUUAUUUAGUAAUGUAAAGCCUAUUAAAACUCCAACUAAGGAAGAAGAAGCUUCACCAGUUAAGCAGGCUCCAGCUUCUGUGACUAAUACACAAAAGCAAACUGUGCAGCAGAAUACAAAAACUGUUGUUAUUGAUGCUAAGAAAAAAACAAACACUGUACCUAAUAAUGAAACUCCAGCAAAUGUAGAUAAGAAGCCUGCAAUUGAUCAAACUGAAAAAAGUUUGCCUGUUGUAUCUGAUACUAAGAAACAAGAAGAAGCAAAACAACAGCCAGUAGAUGUUCAAAAGGAUAACAAAGAAGUUGAACAAGCAAAAGAACCAGAUGUACAGAAACCAAUUGAUGAAGUAAAAGAGGAUUCAAUACAAUUACCUGCUGCUAAUGAAAAGACGAGUUCUGUUGCUUCUAAGGCUUUGGAUAAUAAUGCCGAAAACCCUAAUAUUGCUCAACCAGAAAAGGCCAAUCCUGAGGACUUUAAUUCUGCGGAAGAUACUCCAAUGAAAAAGUCUGAUGAUGCUGACCUUGAAGAUGCACGUGAUGGUUUAGAUGAUAAAGAUCCCAUGGACGAUGGAAGCUUCGCAGCUAAUAGUAUGGGUAAUCCACAAGAAAUAUUAGACAACAAAAAAUACUAUGCCCAAUCAUCGCUGGGAAAAGAGGAAGAUGAAUCACACUUUUUUGCAUACUUCUCGUUAUUAAGCUUACUUUGUGUUGGGUUGUACAUAGGCUAUCACAAUAAGCAAAAGAUUUUAGCAAUGGUACUGGAAGGUAGAAGAUCAAGGAGGGGACGUGGAAGUCGGAGAAGGCCAAGUACAGCGAGUUAUCGUAAACUUGAUUCCAAUCUAGAAGAGGCAGUGACAUCUCAAUGUAACUCUAAUGUUACUAAUGUCAUAUAUUAACUAAUCGAUAUUGCAUAAUGCAUCCUAAAUAUUGCAUAAUAGUUUUGAACGCAAGUUGACCUAAAUAAGGGCUACUUCUGGUCGUGAUAUAAUUAUUUUCAUUACUGAACUUAAAAAGGCUUUUUUGGAGUACGCGUGUUGGCUUACAAACACUAGUCCAAGUUUUGCCAACUAAAGUCGUUCUUCGUACUGUAAAUAAUACUGAUAAUCGAGAAUUUUAUUCAAAAAAUAUUGCGUUUGAAGAAAAAAAAGUGUUUUUCUAAAGUUAGUCACUUUGCAAUUUUCAGUCGAAUCAUUUUCGCUGUCACUUAAUAGUGCAAUAUAUUUUCUAAAUUGCACUUAAAAAAAAAACAUAGUUUGCAUAAAGUAAAUUUGUCAUUGUAUUAAUAUACAGCACUUUUGUACUUGCAUAAUAUAACUUUCAAACUAUCCAUAUUUGACAUUCAAAGUCUACUUGUAUAGAAAACUACGACUACAAAUAUUUAUAAAUUAUCCGAACUUAAGUUAAUUUUAUUUUAUUUAGCAACCAAUAGUUGCACACACACACACACACACGCAAAUUUGCAAUUUAGUUUCAAGUGGAGAGAAAAAGUUGAACACUCAAAUUUAGAAAAAAUACACAAAUCGUAAAUUGUACAACAAGCAUAUACGUUGUUAUCUCAGCAUAAUACAUGUAAAUUAUAACAAGUUUUUACAUUGAUAAGUAUAAUAAAACACUGUUUAUUUUUUCUAACCAA